GGUCGUGUUACAUACAUUGACCAUUUUCUAUUUUUAAUCAAGAGAGCAGAAAAAUAUUUUGCAAUAGUGACACAUACAUACAUUUAAGGUGUUUAGAAGUUAGAAUGUGGUUUAGUCAAAGAUUUCCCACUGCAAAUAAUAAAUACACACUCAGAUAGUGUUUUCUUUUUUUUUUUUUUUCUUUUUUUUCUUCUUUUCCAAUAAUUAAAAUACAAAAAAAAAAAAACAACAACAACCACCUAAUUUGAUAAAGAAAAAAAUGGGUAAAAAAAAAUCACAUCAUACAGAAAAAAACAGUAAACAACAAUCAUCGCAAAUUAAAAAAAUUUCAUCUGUCAAAAGAGCUGAAAUUACAUUGCAGUGUGAAAGAUUAUUUAGAUUAUGUAGUGAUCCUGCAUAUGCAACUCAAUUAUGGGAUAAUUAUUUGGAAAUAACAAAAAUAUUGGAGAAAAUAAAACGUCUUGAAGAUAUGAAAACAAUAACAACAAAACGUUCAACAGCAAUAAAACAAUUUAUUGACUGGUUAAAAGAUAACAAUGCAAAUAUUGAUGGUAUAAGUAUUGCUGAAUUUCCUGGUUUUGAGCUUGGUUUAAAAGCUGAAAAAUCAUAUGAAGCAAAUGAAUUACUUCUUGAAAUACCAGGUAAAUUAAUAUUCAGUGUAGAAACAGCAGCAAGUGAGUUAUCAACAAUUCAAAAUGAUCCAUUGAUCCAACACAUGCCACAAGUUGCAUUAGCAAUUGCAUUAUUAAUUGAAAGACAUAAAACAAAUUCAAAAUGGAAAGCUUAUAUAAAUAUGUUACCAACAAAUUAUUCAACUGUACUUUACAUGACAACAAAUGACAUGAUUGAACUCAAAGGAAGUCCAACACUUGAGGCUUCAUUAAAACACUGCAGAAAUAUUGCUCGUCAAUAUUCAUAUUUUAAUCAAUUUUUUCAAAAUAAUAAUAAUCAAGUUUCGGAUUUAUUAAGAGAUGUUUUUACCUAUGAAGAAUAUUGCUGGGCUGUUUCUACUGUUAUGACCAGACAAAAUAUUAUUCCAAGUCGUAAUGAUUCACAAAUGAUACAUGCACUUAUUCCAAUGUGGGAUAUGUGCAAUCACGAGGAAGGAAUUAUAACAACUGAUUUUAAUAUAAAUUCUGAUACUUGUGAGUGCUAUGUAAAACGUUCAUUUAAUAAAGGCGAACAAAUAUUUAUAAAUUAUGGUUUACGUACAAAUUCUGAAUUUUUUGUACAUUCUGGUUUUGUAUAUCCAGAUAAUAAAAAUGAUGGUUUUAAAUUACGUCUUGGAAUAAGUAAAUCAGAUCCAUUAUUUAAUGAUCGAGUUAAUUUACUGGAAAAAAUUGGUUUCACAUCGUCAAUGACAUUUUUAUUGGAAAAUAGCAGUGAACCAAUAACCGAUCAAAUGCUUGCAUUUUUACGUAUUUUUAGUAUGAGAAAAAAUGAACUUGAUCAUUGGCUUGAAUCGGAAAAAAUAUUUGAUUUAAUGCAUCGUGAUUGUUCACUUGAUACUGUUGUCGAAGAAAAUGUUAAAAAAUUUUUAUUAACAAGACUUAAAUUACUCAUCUCUAAUUAUCCUACAAAACUUGAGGAGGAUAUUGAAUUAUUGAAGACAACAAUGUCACCAUCAAGAAAAAUGAUUAUACAAUUGCGUGUAACGGAAAAGAAAAUACUUGCUGGUGCACUCGAGUAUGUGGAACAGUGGAUCAAAACAUGAUGACCAUUGUUUAUGCAAUAAUAAAUUAAAAACUAGUUUGUUUGGACUGUUUUUUCUUUUUUUUUUUUUUUAUUCGAGUAAUUAAUGUUACACUGUUGUUGAUUAUUUGAAUUCUCAUAUAUAAUAUAUAAUUAAAAUGUAAUAACAAAAAAGAAAAUUGAAAAAUAAUAAAAAGCAUAAAAUUUUGUCGAAAAUAUAUUAUAUUAUAAUGCCAAUGAUAUUUUAAUUAAUUUAGAUAGGCUGUAUUUGAAAUUUAAAAAAAAAAUAAUAAAUUUAUUUGAAAAAUAAAUAUAUAUUUACUUGGAAAAAAAAA